AAAACACUAACAAAAAUAUGAAAAACAGCCAGAAAUUGAGUGGCAAUCAAAAAAUUCAACAAAUCUAUAACCACGAGGAGAUGCUUGAAUAAGAAGAGAUGUCAAAAUAACUUAAAGACCAAUUAUCACUUAUAUUAAACACUUCAAACGAACAGAUCACCGUCAAGGAAGCACUUGAAGCAAUAAAAUCCGAGAAUCUUCUCGAAACUCAUAAAGCCUUAAUUUAACUCAGAAAGACCUUGUCUGUAUUAUUGUUUCAAUAAUUUAAUAAGAAUUUUGAUUAAGCAGAAAUAUUUACUAAUGAACUUGUACCACUCCUAUUCUACUUAAUCCAAUAUGGAAGCACCUACAUCAUCAAAUUGGAAGCUACAUGUUAAAUUAAUUGUAUAUAUUAGAAAUCAUCUCCAUUUUUGCAGGAGGCAAAAGUGACAUUUCAAGAAUAAUCUUUGAAAAUGGCAUUCUUCAAUUGGCUUUGACCAUCCUCCAAAACGAUAAUCCAGAAUUGUCAAUCCUCAUCAUGGUCAUCCUGGGUAAAUUGGCAGGAGAAUCAAUCCAAUACAGAGAUUGCAUACUCCAAGCCUGUGAUUUGGAGACCAUCAUACGAAAAAUGGAACUCAAAUACGAAGCAACCUACGUCUGGUGUCUGGCAAACAUGUGUAUUGGAAGACCCAGUCCAAAAUUCUAAUUGAUAAGACCAGCAUUCAACAUAUUCAUGAAAGUCAUCAUGUAUGAACCUACACCAAUUAAUAUCAAGAUGAUGAACGAUGCUAUCUGGGCACUUGGAUACAUGUUGGAUGGAGAACCUACUAGAAUUAACAUCCUUAUUGAACAAGGCAUCAUCAAAAGAUUGAUGGAAUUGAUGCAUCAAUGCAACUUUGUAUCCAUCUUGAGAAUUUUUGAAUGCAUAUUCCAAGGCAAUCAAGAAUAAAUUCGCUACUUAUUAGAAUGUGGAUUCUUAUCUUAAAUCAGGAACAUUCUGGAUCCCAAGAGUCGAGAAAAGAGUGGCAACAUGAUCUAAACCUUUGCAGCUACUGAAACCUUGUUCAAAGUAUUGUCCAAUCAGAAUUUCUUAAUAUCACUCUUUCGAUCUUUAUCGGAUGAGAACUCGGAAAUCAGAGGAGAUGCUUUAGAAAUGAUCGGAAAUGCAGUACAACACGGGACUAAUGAGGAUGUAAAUCAGAUGGUCAAGAACAAACUCAUUCAGAGUGUUCUAGGGAUGCUAGAGUUAGCUUGGGAGAGAGAAAUACCUUCUCAUCAUCUUAAGAAAGGACUAGAGAUCCUCAUAAGAAUACUGCGGAAAGGGGAAAUCAGAUCAAAGGAUAGACAGAACAAUCAGUAUUUUACCGUAUUCAUGCAGAUUGAUGCAAAAGAUGUAAUAUAAAAGCUACUAUCCUUUAAAUAGGAUGACGUUGCGAAAUAUGCUUACAUCUUUAAAUAGGAAUUCACCUUAUGA